CGUUGAUUCCAACCAUUGAGGGAAGGCAAAGGCAAAGGCAAUGCCUGGAGAGAACCGGCGCUUGCUGAGUGUUGACCACAAAGGUCCGAUCAGAGCCAAUCAGCGACACCUGCAGGUAAGCGCCGGCGCUAGACUGUUUUUGGGCGAGAAUGGAGACGUUCCCCUCCGACGGUCCGCCAACGGUUGAUGAUUGGCAGCGGGGCAGGAGAAUGUGUGGGGACGACGGAUGACGUGGGAAAUGUGACGAACGGCGAACAACCUGCAAGUCGGCGCUACGCUCCUAUUUUUGUCAUCGGCAUGUUGGGACGGUCUCUCUGUCCCUUGACUUUCUUUUCUUUUUUCUUUUUUCUUUUUGCUUUUUGCUUUUUUCAAUUGCGAUCCCACUUGUUGGAUCCUUCAGAAUUGUCCCAACCAAUAGAAUGUAUGAGAAUAUCGCACUUGCUUAUGUGGUCGGUUACCGCCGUCCAAUGAGGUGCAUCAUCACACAAUUAACCCUGCAUUGCCGCCGUGAUAUCAACUAUCGAAACUGGCGAUAG